GUGCGCGUUCUACCGGAAAUGCUCUUGUUGUGCCUGUGGAUUUGAUUUGUACAGGGCUGCCGUUUUACUGGCCUUACGCUGCAGAAACCAGAGAAGAUGAGUGAUGGAUUUGUUCAACUGCAAUCCAGCUGUCACCAUAAAAAUCUGCUCAAUGCCAUGUGGAAGCUGAGGACCAUGGGAAACCUGUGUGACAUCACAGUGCAGGUGGAUUUUCAAGGAGAGCUGGAGGAGUUUGAGGCCCAUCAGGUGGUCCUCGCCGCAUCCAGUGGUUACUUCAAAUCCCAUCUCUUAUCGAAUGACCAAGUGAAAAAGAUUUUUCUGUGUGACAUUUCACCAAAUGUGUUUGCAAAAUUCUUGGAGUAUGUGUAUUCUGGGAAAAUGGAGGUGAAAAAAAGUUACAUCAGUACCGUAUUAGAAAUGGCUAAUCUCUUGAAGUGCCCAGACUUAGUGGAUGCUUGUGAGGCCAAAAUUCCCAGCACCGUUUCAGCUGAAUCUCUGCAGAAAGAUGACGUGGAUUCAAAUACUACUAAAGUCAAGACAAAACAAGAAUGUGUGAAAAGAGCAAUAAAGAGAAAAAAGACAGUAAAAGUGUCUGAAAAUGUGAAGGAGACGGAACCGGACGUGCACGGCAGGAGAAGCAGAAGGUUAGCAGGUCGCAGAGUCUCUGUGGACUUCCCUCUGAAAAAGUCAAAGAUACAAACGGAAACAUUUGAUGAUUCUGACACGGCAGCAGAAGAAGAACAGACGUCACAUGACCCAGGGGCAGAACCAUCUCAGGACGCUUUGGGUAAAAAAGACGCUUGCGAUGACAGUGGGUCCGAGUUACCUCACGGUGUGCCUGAGGAAGACCCGCAAGAAUCAGACUACAUGCCCAUUGAGGAAAUGGACGAGGCCGACGAAGCCGAGAAGGAGAUCAAGAAAGGAGCAGCGAAAUACAGGUGUGAAAAAUGCAGCCGCUCCUUCUACUACGAGAAGAGCUUCCUGAAACACAUGAAGGUCAGCCACGGGGUUCAGAUGGACACCACGUUCCGCUGUGACAUCUGCGAGCAGACGUUCGCCAACCGCUGCAACCUGAAAAUCCACCAGCGGCACGUGCACAACGACGAGAGGCUCUUCCCCUGCGACAUCUGCAACAAAACCUUCAAGCGCAAGAAGGACGUGACCCGCCACAGGCGGCAGGUGCACGAGGGCGGCACGGACAGGCACUACUGCCACAUCUGCGGCAAAUCUCUGAGCUCCAAAACAGCCCUGACUCUGCAUGAGAGGACACACUCGGGGGACAAACCCUUCAAGUGCGACGAGUGUGGAUCCAGAUUCUCCCAGAGCUCAGCCCUCAAGACACAUCAAAGGAUCCACACCGGAGAGAAACCUUUCGCCUGUGACCUCUGUGAUGCCAGAUUUACCCAGAACCACAUGCUGUCUUACCACAGAAGAUGCCACACAGGGGAAAAGCCGUUCAUGUGUGAGAACUGUGGGAAGAGCUUUGCAUCCAAAGAAUACCUGAAACAUCACAACAGAAUCCAUUCAGGAUUCAGACCCUACAAAUGUGAAACCUGCAAAAGAGCGUUUGCUCAGAGGAACUCCCUCCACCAGCAUAUGAAAAUACACACAGGUGAAAGGCCGUAUCAUUGUAAGGACUGUGAUAAGCAGUUUACUCAACUCAACGCCCUGCAGAGACAUCAGAGAAUCCACACAGGAGAGAAGCCGUACAUGUGCAGCAUGUGUGGGAGAACGUUCACAGACAAAUCCACCGUACGCCGACACACUAUGACUCAUGACAAACAAACUCCAUGGAAGAACUUCCUGGUUGUUUUGGAGGGAAAUGUUGAAGACAGAGCCAAGAAACCCAAGGGCUCUUCUCAGAAAAAGGACAAGGCAGCGGGUUCUGUUCCUGAAGCACAGGGUCAUCAGAGCGACACAGGGAAGCCCCAAGAAGUGUUGACUGUGUCCGGAGAACCCGUGACCAUUUCUGGAGACUGGGCCGGACCUGGAACCAUCGCGCUGGUCAGCCACAACGCCCUGGGCGGCCUCACAGUCAUCCAGACCGAAGUGCCCGCAGGAACACAACUGCAGCCAUUGGUCACCACAGACGGCACCAGCCUGAUCUCUCUGGGUGCUUCUGCGGUCGGGAUGCCCGUGACCGUUCCCUUUUCCAUCGCACAUUCCAUCAGCGUCUCGCCGUCGAUAUCCGGUUCUGUGCCCAUCACAGUCACCGGUCACGUUUCAGACGCCAUAUUGGCUCCAGCAACGGCAGCUGCAGCAUCAGGAGCCGAUGAAACCGAGAACGUUCUGGCUUCGGCUGCGGUUGAAGAGUGUGUUGCGGUCCAGUCUGUUGUGCUUGAGGAGACGGACUGUGCAGACAUCCAACAGGAAGUCAGCGAAAGCAUACACACUGCAGUUGCUUCAAACACCAUAGAAGUCUCAGUAGAAGAGGGUGCCGAGUAGAUUAUAUCAACUUUAGUUGCAAAAA